AUGUACGCAGUAAACGGCCUAGUAGCUUGUCAAUUACCCUGCGAGAAGGCGCUACAGCGUAUGCAUCUUAGAUUCUGGGCCAAUCAAGAUCAAUUCAAGAUCAACUCUCGUGACUUCAUGCAGAACCCAGCCUCCACUACCCUAACAUCUGAACAUUUCAAAAAUGUUUCCGAACUCAAAAACCGCUUUGCUCAAAGAGUGAAAGACGAUGUAGAGGCAAGACCAAACAUAGGGCAGAGAGUGUAUAUUCUCGAACGAUUAGAUGCGAAUUUCGUAGAAGCAUAUGGGUCAUACUUCUUCAUGAAUCCACUGUUUUUCACUAAGCAAGGAAGAAAUACAGUAUGGGAUAUGCGUGAUAUCCAGGAAGGAUUUAGUGAUAACCCUCCUUUACCUUCAUUAGAGAAUCCGGAUAAAUGUUUCGUCUUAAAAUAUCGUGAAAUGAGAAAUUUCGGUCCAGAUUAUGAUCACUGGCGAACGAUUUGUGCGACGAGCGGAUCACAUGUUUCGGGAAUUGGUUUCGAGUAUAAAUUAGACAGUCUAGCUGCGGUGGAGAGGGAGUGUCCUUUUUGGUUUAGAGAUGCCGUUGAUAAUCACGGAGGGUGGGAUGCUGUUAUUCUCUAUGGUUAUAUUGACUUUAUCGACCUUGAUAUCUUGAUCCGAGACGGCUUGAAUGGGGCAUUGAAUGGCCCUCCAAGAAUCUGCGAGCAUCAUAGCCCACUUCUUUUCGAGAUGGAAGGAGCGACACCCCCAUUGAUUGCGUCUACUUUCCUCGAGAAAAUAGUGGCUCCUCAUUACACGAAAUUGAUUGACUAUUUCGAAAUAGUUGUUCAAAGAUUGAAGAGGGCAGAAGGACUACUCUCCCGUCAGACUGAUAAGGAAGACUAUAACUCUUGA